GAGGCAGAGAGUGCUUGAGACAGGCAGAGAGUGCUGGAGACAGGACAUGAACCUCCCUCCAUGCGCUCUGUGAUCCAGGUCCUUUAAACUGGACAGGAUUUAUUCAGCAGCCACAUCAUCCCCAGAUGCCUGGAUCCUACCCAUUGCUGCAGCCGCCUGAAGGUGUGACCUAUAAAUAUCCCAGAGGAGAGGAGGGCGCUUCUCAGUAUAAACUUGGGAAGAGAAGAUGAGGGAUGUGACCUUCUGAUUUGCUGAUUGUCUCUAGACUUAUCUCAGGCCUGGUUUCCAUUAGAUUGGGGAUUCGACGUGAGAUAUCUGCUUGCUUUCUCUUGAAGAACAUACAUGCACAGCCGUAUCUAACGUUGAAGAGCGCUGAGACUAUCGGAUCUGUGGAUUGAGUUGCCAGGAUGUAUCAGAGUAUAGCUAUGGCCACUAACCAUGGUCCCCCUGGCUAUGAGGGGGCUGGGAGCUUCAUGCACAGUGCUACUGCUGCUACCUCACCUGUCUAUGUGCCCACCACUAGGGUCUCUUCCAUGAUCCCCAGCCUGCCUUACCUCCAAACUAGCGGCUCAUCUCAACAAAGUAGCCCAGUUGCUAGCCACAACAUGUGGGCACAAGCCGGAGCUGAAUCUUCUGCCUACAACCCAGGAACUUCUCAUCCACCAGUGUCUCCAAGAUUCACCUUCUCCUCCAGCCCCCCUAUUACAGCAGCCUCCACCAGAGAGGUCUCCUACAGUAGCCCCCUUGCCAUCUCAGCUAAUGGGAGAGAGCAGUACAGCAGGGGGCUGGGUGCCACCUAUUCAAGUCCUUACCCAGCCUAUAUGAGUCCUGACAUGGGUGCUGCCUGGACUGCUUCUCCAUUCGACAGCUCCAUGCUCCACAACCUCCAGAACAGAGCUGGUCCGGUGGCUUCAAGGCACCCAAACAUAGAAUCUCUGCACUACUUCCCCAUGGCAAGCACAGGAUCUUCAGGUCCCAGAAUCCAUCACUUCAAUAUGGAACAAGAGUUUUUUGACGAUUUUUCCGAGGGCCGAGAAUGCGUCAACUGUGGAGCAAUGUCAACCCCACUUUGGAGGCGGGAUGGAACGGGCCACUAUCUAUGCAAUGCUUGCGGAUUGUACCAUAAGAUGAAUGGGAUCAACCGUCCGCUGAUUAAGCCCCAGAGGCGACUGUCUGCGUCUCGCCGCGUGGGCCUAUGCUGUGCCAACUGUCAUACAACCACUACUACACUCUGGCGUCGUAACGCAGAGGGGGAACCAGUAUGCAACGCUUGUGGCCUUUACAUGAAGCUACACGGGGUCCCUCGGCCACUAGCAAUGAAAAAGGAAGGGAUCCAGACACGAAAGCGUAAACCUAAGAACCUCAGCAAGUCUAAAACGUCAACAGGCCAAAGCGGCAGUGACAGCCUCACUCCUUCUACCAGCUCCACAAACUCCACAGGAGAGGAAAUGCGUCCAAUAAAGAUUGAGCCGGGACUGUCCCCUCCAUACGGCCACUCGAGUUCUAUAUCUCAGGCAUCUUCAUUAUCUACAAUCACAAGCCAUGGGCCAUCAAGUUACCCAAUGUCAAGCUUAAAACUCUCGCCACAGAAUCACCACUCUACAAUCAACUCAUCUCCACAAGCCAGCUCCAAACAUGACUCCUGGAACAACCUGGUCUUAGCUUAAAGCACAUGCCAUCAGCCGCCUCCUAAAUUCACAUGAACGUUCACUGUACUGAUCAGACUUAUGGUCAGUUACAUACUAAACUCAUUGUUGAACAUGUGUAAUUAAAGAAACCAAAGACUCGGACAUAAAAAAGUGAUAAAAAAAAGACUUUACAAAAAAAAAAAAAGUAAUUUAAGAUUUUGCUGUAAUAGAAAGGAACUGUUUAUACAUUAGACUAUAUAAAUUGUGGAAGAGAAGGAAAGAUGUGUAGCUGGGAGAGAAAUUUGCCAACGCAAUGAAGCUUCGUCCUUCACACAACUUUGGAAACCUUACUUGUCAGUGGAUGAAACCUCUACACGAGCCUUGGCGUUAAGCUGCCAUUAAUUCACUAUGUAAUUGAUUGAAUCUCCCAUGCUGGAACCUUAGUUGUCUCUGUCUCAAAAGUAGUACAAUUCAAAUAUUUUGUCCAUUUUAUUUUAUUCUUCUUUAUGGCAAGGAGUCGUGAUGUUUAGGCACCAUUUGCACAGUUACACAGGGCCUUUUAAGUAUAUCUCAAACAGAUUUUCCCCUCCAUUUUUAUAUAAUAAUAAGAUUAUUAUAAUAUUUCUGAUCACACAACAGAGCAGGAUGCCACUGUAACUAGAUCAUAACCUCACUUGUAAUUGCAAGCAAAUCUCAUGCUCGAUAGAAUCUUCGCAUCUUUAGAAUUAUUAUAAAUAUUUACAUUGUGACUUGUGGUACUUCCCAUGGUCCUUUGGAGAGCCUUCCUUCAUGGUAUUUUGCUCAGUCAUGGCCCAAACACAUUACUACCUGUAACAAUGGCAAGCUAUAUAUAUAUAUAUAUAUAUAUAUAUAUAUAUAUAUAUAUAUAUAUAUAUAUAUAUAUAUAUAUAUAAUAUAUAUAUGGUAACAUGUCUGUUGUUGUGAGCCAUAAUAUAUAUUUACAAUUAUAAUACUUUACAGCGUCUUCAGG